AUGAUUGAUGUUGAAAAGGGUGCUUGUGAUUACAAGGACUCUGUUGUUGAUGUCUUUGACAAGGCAAAGGAACAAGCGGGUCUCAAUCUAGCUUCUCACAAGCAUGCUGCUUGUGUUGAUUUCAUUGCUUGCUAUCCCAAGAAUGCUACCAAAGCAGUGAAUACUGAGAGUGUUUCUGCUGGUUUUGCUGAAGUUGGCAUGCUGGGAAAGAGCAGGCAUACCGAGUAUGCUUUUCCAUCAAUGUAUGGAAUAAUACAUACUCUGGGAAUGAAUCACUACCCUCAAGCUCUCAUUGAUCUAUUCAAAGACAACUUGCCCCGUUUGGUUCAGGAGGUUUAUGACAAGGGUCAUGUUGAAGAAACUGUGUUUGAUGAGCUGAAAUUCCAAGUUGACAAAAACUACGAGGAAGAGGAGGUACUCAAACAGCAAGGCAUUAGUCAAGAACAAAUGCAGCGAGCCAAAUGCCUCACUCAUGAGCACCAAGUGGAGUUACGGGCAGCAAAACUGGUAGAAGCCAAAGCCAAGGCCAAACAAAAGUUUGAUAAACUUGUGAACGACUACAGGACAUUGCUGAAAUCCAACCCCAAAACGUUGGAAAUGGCCCCGAAAAGGAGAUAUCUCUGA